AUGGCAGAAACAACUCUAUUAGUUUCUCAGACGCCACUUGAACUAAACAAAAUCACCUCUACUAUCAACCGUUUGAACUCCUUGAAUUCAGGAACCAAUGAUGAAAUUCCCACCAUUGAUUACUCUAAGCUUUGCUCUAAUGAUCCUGAUGCACGUUCCAAAGCCCUUGAAAAACUCAGCGGUGCGUGCAAGGAGUUUGGCUGCUUCAACCUAGUUAAUCAUGGCAUCCCAGAAAGAUGGAUUGAAGAUACACUAAAAGGAAUUUAUGGUUUUUAUGAUCUGACUGAAGAAGAGAGGAAGGAGUAUCAGACAAAAACUCCCGAUGAUAGGAUUAGGAGGUGUCUUUUUACCACCAAUAGAGAAAACAGGGAAUGCCUUAGGGUGGUUACCCAUCCUAACUUCCAUUGUCCACCAAAACCAGCUGAUUUCAGUAAUGCAUUUGAGAGCUAUGUCAAAGGAUUCCGGGAGGUAAAAUUUGGAUUAGCAAGAGCUUUUUCAAAAAUCGUGGGAUUGGAGGAGAACUACUUUGAGAAGGCACUUAAGCUGGAGUUAGGAUUUGAUGUAGCUGUUUUGGGGGUUUAUCCUCCCUGGUUCGAGCUGAAAGGUUCCUAUGGAGUCCCUGCUCAUUCUGAUACUGGCUUUUUUGUUUCACUCAUUGAAACUGCUGGCAUUAGCCUUGACGUUUUGACCUCUAGUGGCAAUUGGGUCAAGGCUAAAAUUCCUUCUAAUGCAAUGUUUAUUCUCCUUGGGGAUCAUUUUGAGAUUUUAACCCAUGGCGAUUACAAGAGUCCUAUUCAUAAACUGGUUCAGGACAAUGAGAUCAAAAGAAUUUCCAUGGCCACAAUUCAUGGACCAUCACUGGACACAUUUAUGACCCCAGCACCAGAGUUCGUAGACCAGUCUCGCCCACCGGCCUAUCGUGGGAUGGCCUAUAUUGAAUCUUUGGAAGCCAAUGAUUAUCACCAAAUUGAUGUACACUCCAACAUGGCGAAGACUCAAAAUGGAGCCAUCUAA